AUGGCUUUGGAUUUAAUGGAGCGCUGUCCUCGUUUGGCUUUUGCCUUGGACCGACGAGGUAUCUCCCUUUUGGAGGCACUAGCUGUUUCGACUGAAGCAUUCGAGAGUGAAAAUCGACUGGUGUUUUGGAAACGAUGGAUCUAUAAUCACUGGAUGUUAACUGAACAUACUCAUAUCGAUCAUAUAAGAGGUGCAGCUUUGCAAAUGCAAAGAGAAGUUCAAUGGUUUAAGGAGGUGGAACACAUUUGCCCUCUCCCUUGUAAGGAAUAUUUAAACCAAGACGGUUUGACUCCUAGACAAUUGUUUACGAAAGACCACCAAGUCUUGAGGAAAGAGGGAGAGCGAUGGAUGAAGGACACGGCAACUUCUUGUAAUGUGGUAGGCACUCUCAUCAUUACCAUUAUGUUCACGGCAGCAUUUACCAUUCCUGGUGGUAACAACCAAGAAUCAGGCUUCCAAAUCCUCGUGCACGAAAAACUAUUUAAACUCUUUAUAAUAACUGAUUCUCUAUCGCCAUUUUCUUCAUCGACUUCAGUAUUGAUGUUUUUAGGAAUUCUCACAUCGCGUUAUGCAAAAGAAGACUUUCUUAUAUCCUUGCCCGCAAAGAUGAUUAUAGGCUUUUUUGCUCUCUUCUUCUCUAUUGGAACCAUGAUGAUAGCCUUUUCUGCUGCUCUUUUACUUGUGUUUCAUGGAAAAUAUAGGAUCGUCAUUCCUAUCAUUUGUUUGGUUGGUGUUCCCAUUAUUCUAUUUGUAUUGAUGCAAUUUCGCCUUCUUUUUGACAUGCUUGCUUCAACCUAUGGAUCGGGCAUCUUUGAUAGAAAAAUGAAGCCUUGGUUUUAA